AGACAAGCUGCCUUUCCUCCUGCAGGGAGGCCCCCCCCCACCCGGGGGGGCAGCGGGUAUCCGGCGACCGCAAGAAUGAGAGCGCGCAGCAGGACUCUUCCGACGACCCGGUGAGGAAGACCCUCGUGUUCUUGAGCGUCAGUGCAGGUGUGCUGCUGAUGGCCGCGGUCGUCGGGGCCUUGUUCGGCGCCGGCUUCGGUGGCAGGACCAGCCAGGCCAAGGGCGCCCUCGCACUGGAGGGGAACGGCCAGUACGUGGCGGCGCCAAGGGACCCCAUCCACGGCGAUGGGAUGGCCGACCGCCAGCCGAACGGUGCGAAGGGCAACGCCAUCCACGAGCUGACGAUGGGUUGCGCGGAAGUCGCGGCGCAGGGCGCCACGUCGAGGUGGCAGCGC